CUCUCUCGUCGAAGCUUUGUGUGAGCUGGCAUAGCAGACACGAUGGCGCACGGUUCACAGCAGUUGCCUCCUCUACUCUGGCUGUGUAUGGGACUAUUUCUGGCCCCCGUAUAUGGCAAAGAAUGUCCACAUUUGUGUGUUUGUGAGAUCCGCCCGUGGUUCACCCCCCAGUCGACCUACAAGGAGGCAACCACAGUGGAUUGCAAUGACUUGAGGCUCAUGCACAUCCCGACAAACCUAUCCACGGACACUCAGGUGUUACUGCUCCAAAGUAAUGCCAUCUCUCACACCAGUGGAGAGCUGGAGGCGCUGUUCAACUUGACAGAGUUGGACCUAUCCCAGAACAACUUCAGCACCGUGGAAGCCGUGGGCCUCACAAGUAUGAACCACUUAACCACCCUGCAUCUAGAGGAGAACCAGAUUAGCCAGCUGCCAGACCACUGCCUCGGAAACCUCUCCAAUCUCCAGGAGCUCUACAUCAACCACAACCAGAUAAGCGCCAUCUCCCCUCGGGCAUUUGCAGGCAUGCGCAGCCUGCUGCGCCUUCAUCUGAACUCCAACAGGCUCCAUGUCAUAGACAGCCGCUGGUUUGAAGAAACACCUAACCUUGAGAUACUCAUGAUCGGGGAGAACCCGGUCAUUGGCCUCCUCGACAUGAACUUUAAGCCUCUAGGAAGUCUGAGGAGUCUGGUCCUGGCUGGCAUGGACCUCACUGAUGUUCCAGCAAAUGCCUUUGUAGGUUUGUAUAGCCUCGAAAGCAUUUCUUUCUAUGACAACAAACUGGUCAGAAUUCCUCAACUGGCCCUUCAAAAAGUUCACAAUUUGAAAUUCUUGGAUUUGAACAAGAAUCCAGUUCACAAAAUCCAGGAAGGAGAUUUCAGGAACAUGUUACGUCUGAAGGAGUUGGGCAUCAACAAUAUGAUGGAGUUAGUGUCAAUUGAUCGCUAUGCUCUGGACAACCUACCAGAGCUGACAAAGCUGGAGGCCACCAACAACCCGAAGCUGUCUUAUGUGCAUAGGUUGGCCUUUCGGGACAUGUCCUCUUUGGAGAGCCUGAUGCUCAACAAUAACGCCCUCACUGCCCUUUACCAGCACACUGUGGAGGUUUUGCCUAAUCUGCGGGAAAUCAGUCUGCAUAGCAACCCAUUGCGUUGUGACUGUGUCAUUCAGUGGAUGAGCUCUAACAGGACCACGGUGCGCUUCAUGGAGCCCCUGGCCAUGCUUUGUUCCUCCCCACCAGAACUCAAAGGCCAGCGGGUUCGAGAGGUAAGGCUGCUGCAGUCCCCGGAGCAAUGCCUGCCUCUCAUAUCCCACAAUACCUUCCAGAGCCACUUGAACCUCGAGCUGGGCAUGACUGUCAGUCUCGACUGCAGAGCCAUGGCCGAACCACAGCCUGAGAUCUACUGGGUGACUCCUCUUGGGUCCAAAAUCACAAUUGACUCUCUGUCAGAGCGGUACCACUUGAACAAUGAGGGGACCCUGAGGCUGUCUCAUGUUCAGGUGGAGGAUUCUGGUCGUUACACCUGUGUGGCCCAGAACACGGAAGGAGCCGACACACGGGUCGCCACCAUCCGUGUGAAUGGCACCCUGCUCGACAGCGCCCAGGUGAUGAACAUCUACGUCAAGCAGACCGAGUCGCACUCCAUCCUGGUCUCCUGGAAGAUCAAUUCUAACGCUAUGUCCUCCAACCUGAAGUGGGCCUCCGCCACCAUGAAGAUUGACAACCCGCACAUCACCUACACGGCUCGCGUCCCCGUAGACGUCCAUGAGUAUAACCUCACACACCUUCAGCCUGCCACAGAGUAUGAGGUAUGCCUCACUGUCUCCAACGUCCACCUGCAGACACACAAGUCGUGUGUUAAUGUGACAACACGCGGCGCUACCUUCGCCCUGGACCUGUCAGACCAGCACCCGAGUGCGGCUGUGUUGGCUGUCAUGGCGACAAUGCUGGCUUUCCUCAGCCUGGCCACCGUGGUCGUCUACAUAGCUCGCAGAUGGAAGAGAAAAAACUACCACCACUCUCUGAAGAAAUACAUGCUGAAGACGUCCUCUAUCCCUCUGAACGAGCUUUACCCUCCGCUCAUCAACCUGUGGGAGGUGGAUGCGGAGAAGGACAAAGAAGGCAGUGCAGAGGGAAAACUCUCUCCUGUUGACACCACACGCAGUUAUUACAUGUGGUGAGAACUCAGUCAGGAGGCCUGGCUGCCCUCCAGCAGCACAAAAGACACACUUUUGCCAUUUUGGUGCAAAAGUCAAAGUUGCAAAUGUUUUUUUGUAUUUUUAGCUUUGCUAAUAAGAGGCAGAGCGAUCGAGGACAGGGUUUUUAUUAGUAUAGCGUAUCGCCUUUGUUUAAUUCUUUCUAUCUCUUAAUUGUUUUGGACUUUCCAGGAUGGCAGCUGUAUUUAGCCUCCAGGUUGUCUUAGUUGCUAUGCUCUUGUUUCCGUGGUGCAUUUUUUGACACACUUUCUGUAAUAAUAGAGCAGCAGGUGCCGAUGAUCUUCUUGCAGCAUUAGUAGCAAUCAGUGUUUCUUUCUCUGUUUUGUAAAACAGACACUCACUGAUAAUAUGAUUAAUAUGAUGAUAAUUGUGCAGUAAUGUUGUAUCAACUAUACCUUUUAACUUUCUGAUUUAUAUUGCAAGAGAAUAGGAUUUGUAGUUUGCUAAUAAAUGUGAUGUUAAUGCUAGAAAUAUAAAUGUUUGCUCAAACAUUUGGAGUCUUUCUACUAAGAUGCACUAGAAACUUUUUGAACUUUUCCCCAUUUACUCAUUUAUUUUGCUAGACUUUUUCGCUAAUUACGUAGUUUAUUAUUUACACAUGCAAUCUGUAUGCUGAAGAAUUUACAAUAAAUACCAUUUUGGUUCUUUUGCAGACAUUUGGCCUUUAUUUUCAUUCCCGUUCUAAUCUAUAUUAUUAUUUUAUAGUUUCAAACAGGCUCUCUCACUCCCAGGUAAUAGCUCAGUGGGGUAAGAGGGCCGUCCUGCAACCGCAGGGUUGUGGGUUCGAUCCCCGCUCUCCCCAUUAGUUGCAAGUCGAAGUGUCCUUGAGCAAGGCACUGAACCCCCAGUUGCUUCCCGGGCGCUUCACCGCAGCCCACUGCUCCUUAAUAACUAAGGAUGGGUUAAAUGCAGAGAACUAAUUUCCCCUUGGGGAUUAAUAAAAGUGUAUAUUCUUCUA